CAGCACUCGAGAUUCCAUAAUUUCUUAUGGUUUAGCAUUCUUUAGAUAAUUAAUAAUUAUUUACACCAGUUUGUACAAAUGGAAAUGUGGAUUGUUUAGAUUACAUUGAGAAUAAUUAAUAAUAGUAAUAAUAAUUCUAAGUAUUAUUAAUUGUAUAAUCCAUUUAUUUUUUAAUUGUGUCUUACUUAAUUAAAAAAUGUCUGAAAACCAACCAAAAGAGGAGAAUACACAAAAUGCUUUAUCCGAAUUGCUAGAUGAUGCUCUCAAAGAUUUUGAAAAUACUGAUGAAUCAAGAGCAUCAGACGAUGCAUCAAAAAUAUCUGAAAUUACUAAUUUAGAUGCAAGUGAUAACUUUUUAAAAGAGAGUCUUGAAGAAACAAUGAAAACAUUUAUGAAUAGUGAUCAAGCAGAAUUAGCUGCUGGCCUACAAGAACUAAUUUUAGGAGAUGAAGGAUCUGAAUUACAAAUGGUUAUUCAAGAAUCAUUAAAAAGUUUAGCAGAAGCUAAACAAAAUCUACCUGAGGGAAGUGAUUUAACUUCGAUGUUUGCUAAUAUGGGUAUACAAGAGGAUAUCAGUUUAGAUGAAGAUAUGCUUCCAAUGUUAAUGCAAUUUAUGCAGCCAUUGUUGAGCAAAGAAGUGCUUUAUCCAUCUAUUAAAGAUCUGUGUGAUAAAUACCCAAAAUGGCUUGAGGAUCAUGAAUCAACAUCUGAUAAAGAAGAGUUUGAAAGGUAUACACAAAUGUUUAAUAGUAUAAAAGAAGUUCGUGAUCAUUUAGAAAAUCAACAUGAUACAGAUGAUGAUAUCACUAAAACUAGAAAGUUUAAAGAACUUAUGGAAUUGUUAAAAAAAAUGCAAGAAUGUGGUCAGCCACCAGAAGAAUUAAUGAGAGACGUAGCUGAUGGCAAUCCAAUAUCUGAUAAUGUUGGUCAAUGUACUCUCAUGUAGCAAAUGUUUAUCUUGAAGUAUUAUUUUUAUUGAGUCUUGUUUAUUUAUUUAUUAUCAGUUCGAUAAAUGAAGACUGAAUAAAUAUAGGGUAUAGGUAAAAGGGUAGCAGAUUUUACCAGUGUGAAAGGUAAACUUCUAAAGAUACUAUACAUCAUAUUGAAAUUUUCUAAAUUUGUUAAAAUUUUGAUUUAUUAAAUAUUAUUGAAAUCAAAUAAUUUCAUUUUUGGUACUUUAAACUAAAAUUUUUUGUUUUUUUUUUCUUUUAAUA